AUGGGUUCAAGCACUACCACCCCACCACCCCGCAUACGGGCCGCCCUCUUCGACAUGGACGGCCUCCUAAUCGACUCCGAAGACAUCUACACAAUAGUCACGAACAAAAUUCUCGAGCGCUACGGCCGCCCACACAUCCCCUGGUCCAUAAAAGCCCAACUGCAAGGCCGACCAGGCCCACAAGCGGCACUGAUCUUCCACGAAUGGGCCAAACUCCCCAUAUCAAACGAGCAAUUCCUCGCCGAGCAAUCAGAACUCCAGCGCGAACUCUUCAAAACUACAAAACCGCUACCGGGCGUCCUGGACUUGCUGGAAGGCCUGAAGAGCAGGGGGGUGCAUAUUGCUCUCGCAACGAGCAGUCACAAGGGCAACUUUGAAUUGAAGAGCGCGCAUCUUGGCCAUUUGUUUGAUCACUUUGCGCCUGAACACCGUGUUUUGGGGGAUGAUCCGCGGAUAGCGCCUGGUCGCGGGAAACCUGCUCCCGACAUUUACCUUCUUGCGCUUUCGACACUCAACAAGACAUUGGAAGAGCAAGGACAACCGCCUAUUCGGCCGGAAGAGUGCUUGGUUUUUGAGGAUAGCGUGCCAGGGGUUGAGUCUGGUCGGAGAGCAGGCAUGCAGGUGGUGUGGUGUCCCCAUCCAGAUUUGUUGGUGGAGUACAAGGGCAGGGAGAAAGAGGUACUUGCAGGACUGACGGGCGAGUACAAAGAGACUGAUGAGGAAAAGAAGAAGAAGGCGGAGGAGUUGGCUCUACAAGGAGAGCGACAGAUUGACACGACUAUGCAGAUUGACGAUGGAUGGGCAUGGUUGUACAGUACCCUGGAAGGCUUUCCAUACGAUACCUACCAAAUAGAAACAAAGGUCUGA